AUGGAGCUGCAGGAGCAGCAGUCAGACCGCAAGGAGCUGGAGGAGACCCUGGUUAAGUUAGAGCAACACAAAGACAAGCUGGUGCAGCAGAUAAAGAUGACCAGACAGCAGUGCUGCGAAGAGAGCCAGCAGAUCUUGUCUCUCCAGGCCGAGGAGGUGCAGAAGGAGAGCCAGAUUGAGGAGUAUGAGCGGGAGCUUGCAAGAGCCAGGUGGAGGCUGAAGAAGCUGAGAGAGGAGGUGAAACACGCCAAGAGAAGGGUGGAGGAGGCUGGCGAGAGGAACACGCCCUUGCAAGACUCCAUCAGACAGUCGUAUGAAGAGAUCCUGCAGGAGGAGCACACUCUGUGCUCACUAUCAGGUGGGGCAGUCACUCCACAGAGCCAGCUGGAGGACUCAACAUCUCCAGCAGACACCAUGGAAGAUGAACCGCUGCCUGUGAGACCAUGGGGAAGGAGCCAAUCACUGCCUGCCUAUGCCGACCUGAUCAUGAGAGCCAGUGAUUCUUCCUUCUGCAAUAAUCUAGCAGAGACCAGAGAAGAAGCAGAGGACAGCUCUGACAGCACACCAAAGAUAGACAGAUCUGAAGUGGAGGACAACAUAGAGGAGGAGGAGAGGGAGAACAAAGCAGAAGAAGAGAAGAGAGAGAAGGAAGAGUUGAAUACUAAUCCAAACCCUAUCAGCCACUUGGAUUUCUACCAAGCUGACCCCUUCAUCAACUGUCAGACUGAACAUGACCUUUUUAAUGAAGACCUGUUCCCCAAGACAGACUCGUCCGAUGCAUUUGCAGCUGACCCGUUCAAAGGCACCGAUCCCUUUGCAGCAGACAUUUUGUUCCCAGAGGCGGGUGAUCAUUUGGAUGAGGGGGCAGCAAAUGUCUGCGAUGAGGUGGACACAAGCCUGUCCUGCGCUGAGAAUAAAGCCUCGACAGGAACUCAGUGCUUCGAGUCCGAGUUCCCAGAUGAAGACAGUGACAUUGAAAUCAGCUACAGCCGUGAAGACCUGGAUGCCAUUGCGAUGGACGCCACCUCAACUGAUGAGGUCCUAGGAUUCAGACCCAUCCAGAGUUCAUCGGAGGAGCUGGGGCCAGAGCCAAAGCAGGGCUGGGGGUCUCAGGGUCAGUAUUCUGUAGAAUCCGACCCUAAUGGAUAUGAGCUGGACCUGGGCGCUGUCUCCCCUCCCUCUGAUAUAGAAGAACUCAGUCUGGUGUCUCUACCUGGACAGAGCACCACUGAGGCAGCAGGGCCUGAGCAAGAUUUGAAUUCAGAUUUGGCUCACACUGACCCUGAGCUCCAGAACAAUCCAGGAGGUGCUGGGUCUGAACCAGUUGUGUCAGAGCAAGAUUGGACUGAUCUUGGAACCACAGGGCAUUCUCUCCACCAUGAGGCCACAUCCUCUCAGGAAGCAGAGUGGGACAUCAAGGGAGAGCACCAAAAUCCAGUGACUCCCCAAAAUUCAUUGGACUCCCAGAACCCUCUGGUCCAGACUGAACAAAACAGAGACUUGAGUUUUGAGUUGAGCUAUGAACCAGCCAGCCAAGCCUCUUUUGACCCAUAUGGGUUCAAACUAAGUCCAGAACAUUCCAGUCACAACCUCUUAGAUCCAGAUGAAGCGGAACUAAGCCCAGAAGCCAAUGACCCUGAUCUGGCUUUUGACACUGAGCCCUCCUCCUCUCAGCCUGACCAGCUGAACUUUGAUCCCUACGGGUUCGACCUCACUUCCUCUCAGAUGGUACAUCAAGAUGUCUUUGACCCCUACGGCUUCAAGCUCAGCCCUGAGGAAGAGAACCAGGAAGUACUGGAGAUCUGUGGCCAUGACAACCAGAAUGUGAUGGAUCUUUGUAGCUAUGACAACCAGGAACAAGCAGAACCAUGUAACUAUAGUAACCAGGAGGUAUUGGAACCUUAUGCCCAUGACAACCAGGAAGUGCUGGAACCCUGUAGCCAAGGCAACCAGGAACUACUGGAUUUCUGUAGCAAUGAAAAUCAGGAAGUGCUCAAUUUAGGUAGCCAUGAUAACCAGGAAGUGUUGGAUUUGCUGAGCAAGGAAGUUGUCCCUGAAGCGAACAACAACAACCCCUGUGUCCUGGAGAAAGAAUUCAGUGGUAAUACCACCAAUACCAGUUCAGACAGCGAUCUGGCAUCAGAGGUCUCUAACUGUCCAGCAACAAUGGACCUGUUGGGCCUGGAACUCAGUAACACCAGUAUCUGUACUACCAACACUACAAACAACACCAACACUGCUGAUCCUCUCAACAUGGCUGCCAGCCAAGACCUGGGCACACUUAACAUGCCUCCCAACCAGGACCCAGCUACUUUCAAUGUUCCUACCAGUCACAACUUGUUAGAGGGUGAUCUUGGUUCAGUGUUUGGGGCUGGAGGCUAUGUUGGUUGUCCUGAUGUAGCUGACGAUCUAGAGCCCCUGGACAGCAAGCAGGGUAACCCCACAGCAGAGCCAGUGCGACCAGUCAGACCAGUAAGACCACCUCGACCCUCGCUCAGGGCCAAAGAGAAGGCUCAGUCCCAGACUCAGGGCUUCGACUUGAAGUGA